AUGCCUAUCAUCAGCAAUGCAAACCACGACUUCAGCAACCUCUCGGCCAGCGAUGAUAGCAGCCUCGAUGCCAUCUUCACCCAGAUCCCCGAGACGGAGACGGUCAAGGGUGUCUACUACCAGAGGGCCCAGUUCAUCAGACGACCAGAGGACCUACUGUCAGUGGACCACGGUCUACUAGCGGUCAUCAACGUGGGAGGCAACCGCUACACUUUUCCCUGGAGCACGCUGGAGCAGUUUCCCUUGACCCGGCUGGGACGGCUCUGUGGCCUCAGCAGCCCAGAGGAGAUUGCCGGAGUGUGUGACGACUACGACGAGACACGGCGAGAGUUCUUUUUUGACCGCAGCCCCUCGGCCUUCCGCGUCAUCCUCAACUUCCUGGCAGCGGGGAAGCUGCGCAUGCUGAGGGAGAUGUGCGUGCUGUCACUACAUGAUGAGCUGCUCUACUGGGGCGUAGAGAUGACCUACAUGGAGCGCUGCUGCAAGAGGAAGAUGUGCACGCGCAUCGAGGAGAUGAAGGAACACGAGCGGCAGGAGGAAGAGCAAAGGCAGAGACACGCCAUGCUGCGCCCCCCAGUUGAGGAGACACGCUAUCGCAAGUUCAUGAACCAGCUGAGGGAUAUGGUUGAGAAUCCCCAGUCUGGCCUGCCAGGAAAGAUCUUUGCCUGCCUGUCGGUGGUGAUGGUAGCAGUGACCGUCAUCAGCCUGUGUAUCAGCACCAUGCCGGACCUCAGGGAGGAGGAGGACAGGGGUGAGUGUUCUCAGAAGUGUCGCCAUAUGUUCAUCGUGGAGACGGUGUGCGUGGCCUGGUUCUCCCUGGAGUGGAUCCUGCGCUUCAUUCAGGCUCGCAGCAAGCUGGAGUUCAUCCGCGGGCCCCUUAACGUCAUCGACGCCAUGGCCAUCCUGCCCUACUAUGUGUCCCUGGUGGUGGAUGAGGAUGAUCCGGCCCUGGACCAUGAGAAGGCCGGGGGGACCAGCUACCUGGACAAGCUGGGCCUGGUGCUUCGGAUCCUGAGGGCCCUGAGGAUCCUGUAUGUGAUGAGGCUAGCCCGUCACUCUCUGGGCCUGCAGACCCUGGGCCUGACGGUGAGGAAGAGCACCAGAGAGUUUGGCCUUCUGCUGCUCUUCCUGUGUGUGGCCGUCACCCUCUUCUCCCCGCUGGUUCACCUGGCCGAGAGCGAGCUGACCGGAGCCCAGGACUUCAGCAGCAUACCCGCCUCUUAUUGGUGGGCCAUCAUCUCCAUGACGACAGUGGGCUACGGCGACAUGGUGCCACGCAGCAUCCCGGGCCAGGUGGUGGCGCUGAGCAGCAUUCUGAGUGGCAUCCUCAUCAUGGCCUUCCCUGCCACCUCCAUCUUUCACAUGUUCUCUAAGAGCUACCAGGAGCUCAAGCAGGAGCACAACCGCCUGUUCAAAGAGGAGUGUGCGGCUGCAGCGGCCCUGGCGGCAACCAGCAGGGAAGGUCAGGAGGGGAGCGAGGAGUUCCCUCCCCCAGGGCUGCGCCACAUGUGCCCAGACACGGAGAGCACUCGCUCUCUGGAGUCCCUGUCCCUUCUUGAGAACGGUGGCGUGGUCUCAGGGAAUAACCAGCAUAGCCACAGCCCCAGGCUGCCAGCUGGAGCCUUCUAG